AUGAAACGGUGUACGGCAGUUCGGCCUCUGCUGCGCCAUCCGGGCAGCGCACCGGCGCAGUUCUGCCAAUGCCGCACAAAGUCGGACGGAUUCGCCGAGAGACCAUCGCCCUUUUUCAGGAGACUCGACUUCGCCCGCAAAACCACCAAGGGACUGAAAGGGUAUGGACCAGAUCUCAAGGUCGACUCGUUGAACAAGACUGUCGGGACUUCCGUCGGCGCUCUGCCCAUCUCGCCCGUCAUGGACCCUCGGUGGAUGGAGGCCCGGACGAGGUACAGGACCCUGAAGCCCAAACGGCCCAAGGACGUCAUGCCCGCCGGUCGCUUCCGCAAGAAGCUCGAGGCGAAUCCAUAUGCCCAAGCCCUUUCGACCCCCAUCCGCCUCUGUCCGAUCUCCCGCGCACAUCUGCCGAGAUAUUUCCUCCAAGAGCUCAAGCUGGUAGCGCAUCCUGAAACGAAGGCGCUCUGGUGGACGCCCGCCGAUCUGGACGUGAUGUACGCUGCGAAAGAAGGGGAGCGGGGAGUUGAACGAGACGCGGACGCGGGCGGCCGCGAUUCGCAGGAACCACCAGCCGCGGCCGAGACCCCCGUCGCGCAGCAAAGGGCUACCGAAAAACUCCUGAGGCGGUCAAUCACUGGCUACGCGCUGGCCAGCAAAUCGUUAUUCAAGUCCAUCAGCGGGGCCAAGAAAAUGACACCCCAUGGCGAAAGGUGGAAGGCCCUCCUCGUCACGAGGCAAGGGGGCCCCUCUCUGGACGGGCCGCAGGUGUGGCGCGAGGAUAUGGACGACUUCGUCCUCGACAACAUGCGCCGAAAUGUCAUGAAUCACCUCGUCCAUCUUGCCGAGCUCCGCGCGGGUGAUGAUCACCGGUCGUACCUCCUGCGUCUCGGUAGCUGGGAGAAGGCCGCGAAGAUCCCGCAGCGCGGCUGCCUGCUGUGGUACUCCUCUGAGAACGGGCCGCAGAGUCGGGACGCGGGAGCCGAGGCCGGAUCGGGCGGCGGGGCGCUGUCGCUCGGGCCGUUCGUCACGUACGACGUCCCGGGGGCCAAAUACGAGGGGAAACUGCCCGUCUAUGACCUCAGGCGGCUGCUGGGAGAAGCGUACCUGGCGAGGCUGCGAGAGGUGCCCAUGUUUCGCGACAGCUCGCUGUUCCUCCUGCGCAAGCAGCGAUCGAUCCCCGUCCAACUUCACCUCUGGAAGUUGCAGGCUUACAUGGGCAAUGAUGCCAUGGAUCGACCCAGAUCAGCGUCCGCAGAGGGCUCGACGCUUCCGUCCGACCCAUCUCUGUUGGAUAGCUCAAAUAUGAGGCAUUUGUCGGAUUCGAGUCGGGGGAAGGGCCCGGCUGUUCCGGCGUUCCAGGGACUCGCGGAUCGCAAGCCAACGCGGAAGCCCAUGAGCAAGAAAGACGCUAAGUAUUCCGCUCCCGCGGGCUCGGGUCGCUAA